AUGGACGGGGAUGUGGGGUUCGGCUGGCUUAUUGACUUGGCUGGCGCCAAAUCAACUCAAGAGAAAUUGCGCUGCAGUUGUCGCAGCGGCAAAAGGAACGUGCAAAUUCCACUAAGUGGGGCACCGUCACAAGGCAGACAAGGCCCCAAAAAUAGACGCCGCAACGGCAACGGCAACGGCAACAAAUCGGAAAUGCUCGCUGCCACAGUGCUGCAGAUGCCGCCGUCGCAGGCCCGCGACAGCGGCCUGGUGCUGGGCGUCUGCCUCGACCAGCUGAUGCAGCAACAGCCGCGCCCCGCACCGAUCGGCUCCAAGAUGCUGCCAGCCGGCGCAGAGUCAGAGGCUGCCUCCGAGAAGCAGCCGCAAUUGACAGGCAGACAAACACGCUGCUGGCCGCCGCCCUGCUUCAUGCUACUCGUAUCACUGCUGGAGAUCCUUGUCUUUGUGUUUGGAGGCUCUGCACCGCCGGAGGAUUCGCUGCUCAUCUAUCGACCGGAUCGACGCUUGCAGCUGUGGCGCUUCGUCUCCUACGCCUUACUGCACGCCAGCUGGCUCCAUUUGGGCUUCAAUGUGCUCACCCAGCUGCUGUAUGGCCUGCCGCUGGAGCUACUGCACGGCUCGGGACGCACGGCCGUUGUCUAUGUGGCGGGUGUGCUGGCCGGCUCGCUGGGCACCAGCGUGGUCGACUCCACGGUGUAUCUGGUGGGCGCCAGCGGCGGCGUCUAUGCUCUGCUGGCGGCCCAGUUGGCCAAUGUGUUGCUCAAUUUUGGUCACAUGCGCCAGGGACUCGCCCAGCUGCUGGCGGUUGUCACCUUUGUCUCCUGCGAUCUGGCCUACACGCUGUACUGCCGGCAACUGGCCUUGGUGGAGUUGCCGCCCACCAUCUCCGUCUCCUACAUAGCGCACAUGACGGGCGCCCUGGCUGGACUCAGCGUGGGUUUGUGCCUGCUCCGGCAGCUGGACGGCAGUCUGCGUCCGAGGCUGCUGCGCUGGCUGGCGCUUGGCGCUUGGACAACCUUUAGCGGAUUUGCCUUGGCCUUCAAUCUGAUCAACACGGUGACCGCCCAGCUGCUGGCCGAGCAGGAGGGCGAGGUAAUCAAACAGCAUCUGCUGCACGAUCUGGGCAUGGAACGUUGAGAGCUGCACAGCUAGAACCAAAGACUGAGAACCCAGUCAGGCUCUAAACUAUAUACUCAUAUCUGAAUAAUAGACUAGUCAUUAGCUUGUAAUGCAUUCCAGGACAAUGUGCUCAAAUCAAAAAGGAAAAGGAACUUGGUUCGGGCGUCAACUGAACCCUUCCAAGUGCGCUCAAAGAACCAGAUGAAGACGAAGACGAACGAGCUAACAAUUAUCUUAUGUAAAUGCCAAAAAGGAGUCCAAGCGAAUUCAAUUGCUAAACGAGCGUGGCUCACUCCAGAGACUUUGAUAAACACUUCGAAUAAUGCCGCUUAAGACAACAGACAACAUCCUAUUUAGUGCUAUGCAUCCUAUAUAAAUAUUCCUAUAGCAGAUGCAACCUAGACAUCAAAUAUGAACUGUCAAAUCAGUUUUAGCUAGGCCACAACUAACUGAAAAUUCUGUUUUCAAAUGUUAAUUUGGGCAUUCAAUAAACACAUCAAAAAUCUACAAUAA